CUCUCCCCUUGACCAAUAUCAAUAUAUAUCCCCCCUCUCUCUCUCUUUUUGUCGCAUUUCUCUCUGCAAAUCUCUCUCCUCUCUUUCUCUCUCUCGUAAUCUCCGAGACUAGCAGGUAUGGCGGCGACAGUGGUUGACGCAGAGUAUCUGAAGGAGAUCGACAAGGCUCGCCGCGACCUCCGUGCUCUCAUCGCAAGCAAGAACUGUGCUCCGAUCAUGCUCCGAUUGGCGUGGCACGAUGCUGGAACCUAUGAUGCGAAGACGAAGACCGGUGGACCUAAUGGUUCGAUUAGGAACGAAGAAGAGUUCACGCAUGGUGCCAAUAGUGGAUUGAAAAUCGCUCUCGAUCUCUGUGAGGCCGUGAAGGGUAAACAUCCCAAAAUUUCAUAUGCGGACCUUUACCAGCUUGCUGGUGUUGUAGCAGUUGAGGUUACUGGCGGGCCUGACAUCAGUUUUGUUCCUGGCAGAAAAGAUUCAAAUGUCUGCCCCAAGGAAGGAAGACUUCCAGAUGCUAAGCAAGGUGUCCGACAUCUUAGAGAUAUAUUCCACCGGAUGGGACUGUCCGACAAGGAUAUCGUGGCACUCUCAGGUGGCCAUACCUUGGGAAGAGCUCAUCCAGAGAGGUCGGGUUUUGACGGGCCAUGGACACAAGAGCCUCUGAAGUUUGAUAACUCUUACUUCGUGGAAUUGCUGAAAGGAGAAUCAGAGGGCUUAUUGAAGCUUCCAACUGACAACGCUUUGUUGGAUGACCCUGCGUUCCGUGGCUAUGUUGAGCUUUAUGCGAAGGAUGAAGAUGCGUUCUUCAGGGACUAUGCGGAGUCACACAAGAAACUAUCGGAACUCGGGUUCAACCCUAGCCCCUCGGGGGCUAAGGCGGUGGCAGAUACAACAGUGUUGGCGCAGAGCGCGGUCGGAGUUGUAGUUGCUGCUGCUGUGGUGGUCGUCAGUUACUUUUACGAACUCCGCAGAAGAGGAUGAAGUGAAAAGAAGAGACCGUACGUGCACCCCACACUUAUUGCCUUAAAAAAAACAGAUUGCUUUGGAUUCCCACCUAAACGAUAGAAUUAGUUCCACCAUAUUAUGUGCGACGUAUGAAUAUGAUACUCUCACGAGAGCAUACCAUUGCAAAAGCCUUCUGUAAUAAAUGUCAGUUCUCUUCUUAGGUC